GUCUUCCAUCUUCACGUUCCAUUACCGAAUAAACCCUAAAAAUGGAUGCCAAUCUACGGAUUCUAGAGCAACCAGAGAGGAAGGUUGAAGGAGACCAAGAAGAAAUUGCAGUUUCAUCUUCCAAAGACAAAUCCACAGCAGCAGCUGCUGUGGCGACUCCUCCAUUGUCAACAGCUUCAAUCUCUCUCUCGCUCUCAACCAUCAUCCCCACUAAUUUCCUUCUCACUCCAAAACCCUCAUCCCUACUACUCUCUGCUCCUAACAACAAAGUCAAAAUCCCGUCUCAGAUAUCCUCUCUGUCUCACAUCUCCCUCUCAUCCUCCCUCGCUCCUCCCAAAUCAUCUUUCAGCUCCACUUUCUCGGCCAACCCCCUUCAAGCCCCUCUCUCUCGUGGACCCCGUCGGUCCUCCGAACCAUCAAACCUCGCCGGAGUCCGCCGUUCGACCAUCGUGUGGUUCCGCAAUGACCUCCGUUUACACGACAAUGAGUGCAUUAACACUGCCAACAACGAAUCCAUUUCCGUUCUUCCAGUCUACUGCUUCGACCCGAGGGACUACGGCAAGUCCUCCUCGGGAUUCGAUAAGACGGGGCCAUACCGUGCUACUUUCUUGAUCGAGUCCGUCUCUGAUCUCCGGCGGAACUUGCAGUCUAGAGGGUCUGAUCUCGUGGUCAGGAUUGGGAAGCCAGAGAUCGUUCUAGUUGAGCUGGCGAAAGCUAUCGGGGCUGAUGCUGUCUAUGCGCAUAAGGAGGUCUCACACAAUGAGGUUCAGGAGGAGGAGAAGAUUGAGGCGUCUAUGAAGGAGGAAGGUGUGGAGGUGAAGUUUUUCUGGGGGAGCACCUUGUAUCAUGUUGACGAUUUGCCAUUUAAGCUGGAGGAAAUGCCGUCCAAUUAUGGUGGGUUUAAAGAGAAGUUGCAAGGUCUAGAAAUGAGGAAGACAAUUGCGGCUUUGGAUCAAUUGAAGGGUUUGCCAGCCAGAGGAGAUGUAGAGCCUGGUGAGAUUCCGACCUUGUUGGAUCUCGGUCUCAGCCCAACUGCAACAAUUACGGAGGAUGGGAAGCCAGCCGCCAAUGCAUCUUUUGCCGGAGGGGAAACCAAGGCAUUGGAGAGGCUUAAAAAGUUCGCAGUGGAAUGCCAGGCACAACCAAACAAGGGAGAUAAUAGCAUAUACGGUGCAAACUUCUCCUGUAAAAUCUCUCCAUGGUUGGCUAUGGGAUGCCUAUCUCCACGUUUCAUGUUUGAUGAGCUAAAGAAAUCUAUCACGAGGACAAUUUCUGCUGCUUCAACCCGGAAAGAUGGUGGUUCUGGGCAAUCUGAUACUGGAAUGAACUGGCUGAUGUUUGAGUUGUUAUGGAGAGAUUUCUUCAGAUUCAUUACCAAGAAGUACAGCUCUACCAAGAAACAGCUUACUGGUGGUCCAGCUACAGCUUGCACCGGUGCCCUUGCUUGAGAGAACUCAUGGUAGUGUUGAAAAGGAAAUUCCAAUUCUGUUAAUGAUCUUUUGGUGAAAUAUGCGGUAGAGCGUGGAGGCAUCAUUUUGUUCUGGUUCUUGGGAGGUGGCAAUUUCAGUCCAAUGACAUUUUGUAUGUUUGUAUAUCAUCAAAUUAAGAGAACUCUUGAGGGAAGGAAAUCAACUUGGGGGAUGCAGGGUACUGUAGUAAUGCACUUUCACUUUCUUCUCCAUUUCAAGUUUAUUUCAUGUAUCCUGAUUUUCUGCAUUGGUUAUUGAAGGAAUCUUUUUUUAGU